AGACGACGAAUAGGUAGGUCAGAGUAGGUAUUAUAGUGAUUCUUCAGCUGAACUCUCAUCAAUCGUUGCAUCAUUUAGAAGUAUUGUUGAAAGCUUCUUCAUCUACAUAGACGUUAAUCAAGUCGUGAAAAUCAAGUUUAGCCAUUGAGUCCCCGCAAUGUGGCUGAUAAACGUUAAGACCAGACUGCUGGAAGAAUUUAUUGGACUUGGGAUUCCCGAGUAUGCCAUACUGUCGCACACGUGGGAGAUGGAUCAAGAGGUCACCUUUCAAGAAUUCUCUCGGGAGCCUAGAAGUAACGCAAAGAAGGGAUACUGGAAGAUCGACCAAACGUGCCAACAAGCGAUUCAAGAUGGGCUUGCUUAUGUUUGGGCGGACACUUGCUGCAUCGAUAAAUCGAGCAGCGCCGAGCUGUCGGAAGCCAUUAAUUCCAUGUUCCGUUGGUAUCAGCGCGCAUCGGUUUGCUACGUUUAUCUCUCGGACCUCUUGCGUGCCAUAGGGCCAGAGGAUGCCAGUUUAGAGUACUGCCGAUGGUUCCAGCGCUCCUGGACGCUCCAGGAGCUCAUAGCGCCCAGAAACAUCAAAUUCUAUUCAUGUAACUGGGACUUUUGCUUCAACAAGCCUCAGGCAUCAGUAUGGCUUUCUCGCAUCGCCAAUAUCAAUCUAGAGGUUCUGCAGCACGAGAAAUCUCUUACCACUGUCUGUGUCGCACAGAAGAUGUCGUGGGCUCGAUCACGGAAGGCUACGCGAGUGGAGGACAUAGCAUACAGCCUUUUGGGUAUCUUCGAUAUUAACAUGCCCUUACUUUAUGGGGAAGGAGACAAGGCCUUUAUGCGCCUACAGUAUGAGAUAAUCCGAUCCACCCCAGACUUAAGUAUCCUAGCCUGGUCGAAUGAUCCCAAAAGCGGUUAUGAAUAUGCGGCACCAAGCGAAUGCGAUAGAACCCUCUUCAGUACCGUGCUUGCGUCGUCCCCAGAAAGUUUCAGGGGCUGCCACAAUUAUAGAGACCUACAGAAUCACUCAACCCCCGAUUUCUCUGUCUCUAACCGCGGCAUCCAAAUACGGGCCAAAUUUGGGCUCACACUUUCUAACAACAGCGCACAAGAAGUUCUACCUGUGUGCCAGUUUGAGAUUUGGACUCUUGCCAUCAAGGUGAGAAACGUAGGCGCCGGCUGCUAUGUCCGACAAGAUCCUAUGGAACUUGUGAGUGUAGUACCCUGGCAGAUGUCACACCGCUUUAUGUCAACCCCCUUCCUCCUCACCCAGCCAGUCUGGAAAGAUUCAUGGGACACGACAUUUGGGUGGGAGCCUAUCUUAUCGUCACGACACUGCGGCUUACAGGUCGUCUUGGAUUCUAGCAUGGAAAUAUCCCGUCGGUGGCCGUGGACGAAAUGGGACGAAGUAGAUAGACUUUUUUUCGGCCCGGAGGAUUCAGACUUAGGAUGGGCAGCUUUGAAGAUAGUGGGUGAGCCCCCUGAUGACUUUGUGGUGCAGGGAGAUCGCCAGCCCCUCAACUUUUUGCUAUAUGUUUUUGGUUGGGCAAAGCCGCAAAGUGAGCGGCCUCGCUACACCCUCCAUAGAGUUAAUGGAGAGGCGAACGACCGCGCAUUAGAGGAAAUGAAUGGCACUGCUGUCACGGAAGACUGGAAUACUUACUGGGUGGUUAAUCGACUAGUGACGCACCAGGUUCCUGAACAAUCUGUUGUCAUCGUCGGCUCCCACAACGGCCAAACCCUGCUGCUCACUUGCAAUCACAGCAUGGUAGAGGACCAGAGUAUUUGUCUCAACCCAUUUUGGCGUGUCACAUUAAGUUGGCAGUUGGUAUCCUGUGAUCAGCUACCACUGAUAACUGACGGUCGCUGGUUGGAUAUGGGCUGGGAAGGAGGCUGGGGUGCGCCCUGGAGAGAUAGGCAAUCCUUUAGCAUACGCGUUACGUCUCAGGUGAAGGAAGAGAUACAGGGAGGGACUCGGUUGGUUCGCGUCAAAACUGUUAUCGGCAUAUAAUCAUCGUUGAAAUGGCUUCCGUGGGUUUCGACACGCCACGUUCCCUAGCCGGAACCGCGCAUCAUCUGUGCUGGAAGCGCCGUGUUCUUAUCUAUAUAAGCGCGAUGAUGACUAAAGAUCUUAGAUCUCUCCUCAUACUUCGACAUCAAGCAUGACUCGCACAAGACGAAGACACGGCGCUGUGUCAGACAUAUCCCGGUUAUCGCUCGCCCAGCAUCAGACUAAUAUUAAUCUGUAGCCCCAGCACGCGACUAUUUUUCGUGUGAACUUUCUACUUAUACCCCAUUUACCCUCAAUGCCCCAUUUCACGCGGGAGCUAGCCAUUA